GGCCUGUUCAAGCAGCUUUCCUCCUUUCAACGUCCGCGCCUCAUGGAAGAUGCCAGAGAAUUCGCUGUGGGCAAACUCGCAGAGCUGCUGAAGCAUCCAGACGACUUAAACGGCAAGGUUACAGCACUGAGGCGCAAGUUUGCCAAAGAGAAAGCUUCCAUCGACGCGCAACUCAAUUCUGGGGCUCAAUCGCAAUUGGACAAUGUGCAAGAAGGGCUAGAGACUUUACUAAAUUCACAGCAGCAAUGUGAGAUGAUAAAUGUCAACAUGCAGAAGAUCGAUAAACUUUGCUACGGUGCUCGAGGGAUGAUUCAAGACUUUCCUCGCAUCAAUAAGAUAUCCAUAGUGCAUCAGAAUUUCUUAGCGACCUAUGAAAAGGUUGUGGCACUACAGGAACUACACGAUAAACUGGAACAUGCUCAAUCUAUGUUUGAGCGCUUACGAGAGGACAUCUUUGCGCCUCAAGAUACCCUUCUCCAUGUGCAUUAUGAACUGUUUAAGCUGGAAGAAUUCCGCGAUCAAACCAUGCAUCAGGCACGAGAUUCACCACAAGAUGUGAUUAUCACCUUGAAGAAAUAUUUUAGAAAUGUGGAUGCUCUAUCCGCUGAUUUCACGCAGCAUCUGUGGAAUUUGACUCGUCAUCUGCUGGAAUUAGCUCAGAAUCAUGGUGAGACCACCAUUGUCAAGUUGGUCAAGAUUAUAGAGACUGAAGAGCAUGCAGACGAAAAGGCCCUAGCAGCACGACAUGCUCAAAAUAGUCACCACGAUAUGGACACAGCUGGAGGCACUAAAUGGCGGUUAGCGGAAGGAAGUCCUCGAACUAUCAAAUCCUAUCGUGUAGAGUUUCACGAGCGACUACGGGAAUCCAUUCAGGAGCGAUUUGAGGCGCAUUAUGCUGAAUACAAAGAUGCAGAAGAUUGGAUUGGUGCGUUUGAUGCAACUGACUUCAUCUUCAAUGAAUUGGAUAUUUGCUUUGACAAAUUGGUCCCUCUAUUUCCCAAAAAGUAUAAGAUCUUCCCAUGGUUUGUGCUCGAAUACCACAGACACUUGUAUGAACUCCUCAAUCACAUUGUCAAUCAAGACAUGAAUGCCGCCACGAUUCUGCGACUAAUGCGAUUUGUUCGAGAUUACUAUGCCAUUAUGAGUACUGAGCUAGGAGUCACGGAGGAGUUGCUGGAACCACAGUUGCUCGACGGUCAGGAACAAGCAUUAGUAGACGAAUAUCUCAAAUUGGUUCGUACUACUCUAGUUGAUUGGACGUCCAACCUCAUGCAAGCCGAGACACGCAGCUUUUGUCAACGAGAAGAUCCUCCAGAAGUGCAUCAGGAUGGUCAGUACGGUAUGGCUGGUGCUGUUGAUAUGUAUCAAAUCAUCAGUGACCAAAUCGAUGUGGCAGCCGACGCAAAUCAAGGCAAAUUGCUUUACCACGUUGUAUCAGAGUGUCAUAAGGUCAUGAAAGACUCUCAGCUCAUGUGGAAGAAAUUGUUGGAUUCAGAAAUGCGCAAACAGCUCGAGUCACCUGAAGAGGCUCCAGAAGGGUUUGUUGAUUAUGUGAUUGCACUGUCGAACGACAUGAUGAAGUCUGCCGAUUUCGCUGAGAGCAAAACUUCCAAAAUCAUGCCUAUGGUGGAUGCACGAUAUAAGAGCCAAGUUGAAGACAAGUUAAAUAUGGCGGUGGAUGGCUUCUUACAGACCGCUUCUCUAACUCGCGACAUUCUUCUGCGACUUGUUUUCAAUGACAUUCAACCUAUCUUCGGUGACCUUUUCACAACGCGAUGGUAUGAAAAUCCUUUGAUCGGAUCGGUAGUAGAGACUUUAAAGGACUACUGUCAGGAUUUCCAGGGACAUUUGAAUGAUUAUUUGUUCACCAAAUUGAUUGACGAUAUGCUCGACAAGUAUCUCAUCCUCUAUAUAGAAUCAAUGCGACGAAAGACUGCCAAGUUCAAGAUACCUUCGUGCCUGGACCAAAUUGGAAAAGAUGUUCGGAUAUCAUUUAACUUUUUUGCCAAGUAUAAGCCCAUCGAAGAACUACAGGUCCAAUUUGAAGCACUAGACUUAAUUCAUAGUCUUCUCAAGAGCAACAAGUCUGUUAUAUACGUGGACUACUAUAACCUUCGACAUGCUUUCCCGGAUAUACCCCUUGCUUUUGUUGAAGACCUACUUAGCAAACGUGAUGAUUUGGACAAAGCUUCACUAAAGGAGAUUAUGGAAGGGAUUAAGGCUAAAAGUCGGGAAUAUGAAGCCGAUGCGAAUGCUCCACCGACCAUCUUUAGUCGUAUCAAAUGGUAAACGCGUACCAGAAGGUUUGCAAAAUUUAUUUGCAGUGUAACUCAUAAUAAGAUCAAACAUAAUAAAAUAAAUGAAGGCGAAGAUGAGAAAGAAUAGUGAUUGAAAGUAGUACCCCAUCGCUACCUUACGGGCCAUUUCGCAGAGACUGACG